AUGUUUUCUAUUAGCUUGCACUGGGAAGCUUUGACACAAGCGGUUCGCCGAGAUGGUCUGGCAGCACUCGGUCGCCCAGGACAAAUUCGAGAUGCCGCUUCAGCGAAGUUGCUCAUAACUUCUGGUAACUUUAUCGCUUACGAAGACACAACCAUUGUCCCUUCGCUCGUACAGGUCGCUGGUGGCGUUGUUCUCGAACUGGGCCCUGGGCCAGGCAAUCAGAUUCAUCGUUAUGAUACCUCUUUUGUCGAACGUAUCUAUGGCAUCGAACCUAAUCCCCAAUUCAAAGACGCUAUAGAUGCCAGCUUGGACAAGCAUGGCCUGCGGGACAGAUAUACGCUUAUAGCUUGUGGCGUUGAAGAUAGCGAUGUUCUGAGAGCAGCGGGAAUCACCGAGGGGAGCUUGGAUGCCGUGUUAUGUAUCUAG